AUGGUCCACUAUAACCCGCUCACCAAAGAGCCCUAUCUCCAACUACCAGCACCAUGUGCAAACAUCAUCAUCACUCCACAUCGCGAACACCAGAUCGAGGAGACUUCUGCUGUUAUGACUGAAAUUCUCAACGAUUCACGAGUAUACCGCUGGUUAGAAGGGCCACCUUACCCUUUUCUGCCCGAGCACGGCGUGGACUGGGUAAAAAUGAAAAUAGCAGAGCACAAAGAUAUCCUGGCUACUCUGCGAAAAGAAUUCGAAAGAUCAGAAAGUCAAUUGCAGAGCGACAGUGCAAAUGGUCAAGAGGAACCAAAAUUCUUCGAUAAAUGUCCUUUUGUUUGUAUACGCGAAGUAACAGAAAGAGAUCCUACAACCGGCGCGCCGCUCCAAGAUGUCUUGGUCGGAGACUUCACACUAUCGCGGUAUGCUUUCUAUGAGUUGCGACCCAGUAGCUGGGAGUUUGCACUGGUACAGAAGCACAAUAAUGAGUUGCCUGCGGGGCACAAGGAUAUCGUCUGGGACUAUCUUUCUCCUACUCAACAGAGCCGAGGAGUUAUGAGUGUUGUGGUUCGAACUGUCAUCCAAGACUGGGCUAUCCCUCGGAUGAACCUUCAUCUUCUUAAAGGUAGCUUUUUUGUUGGGAAUAUAGGAAGCAGGAGAGUACUUGAGAAGAACAAUUUCGAGGAGGCUGGUAUAUUUAAAGAUUGGGCUUCGGCAAGCCCAAACAAGGGACGAGGGAAGAUGUCGAUUGGCGUGAUGGAGUGGAAGGGGCUUUUGUAG